GUGUGUGCCAUCAGCAAGAGUUCAGUGUGAGGCCAGAGAGUGUAGAGGUGCCAGAGGGCGCCGACGUGUUCCUCAGUUGUGUGGUGGACCACCAGGAGGGCAAGGCUCAGUGGACCAAAGAUGGCUUCGCUCUAGGAUUCGACCGAGGGGUACCUGGGUACCCGCGCUACCAGUACGCCGGGGACCCGGAGAUUGGUGAACAUCAUUUGGUUAUUAAUGGCGUGACUCUUACCGAAGAUGGAGAGUAUCAGUGUCAAGUUGGCCCUACUGAUACCAGUCCCCCUAUCUGGGCCGCUGCCAACGUUACAGUGCUCUUGGCUCCGACACGGGUGUGGAUGGUCGGAUGGGGCAAGGAAGCUGUUGUGGAGGUGGUGGAAGGAACCAUUCUUACCCUCGAGUGUGUGGUAGAGGAUGCUCGACCUCCACCCACCGCUGCUUGGUACAGGGCGGGACUCCUACUCCACCCAGAGGGCCAAGUGGAUCGUGUGGAGCCGUCCACCUCACCUAGACGUUGGAGUGUGAGGAGCCAGGUGAAGGUGUCGGCCACGCCAGGUGACGACGGGCGGAUCUUCUCCUGUCAGGCAGUUCACCCGGCGCUCAGCCAUCUUCACAACACCCUUGUCGCAUCUGUCAGCCUUUCUGUCCUCCAUGCCCCAGGACCUCCAGUUAUCACAGGCUACGCCCCAGAUGAGAUAUUACUGGCUGGGGAGCGUCGAACUCUGACCUGCAGGUCGUCAGGCGGUAACCCCCGGCCUUGGGUACUCUGGUACCGCCAGGGACGACUGGUCGACGACACCACGACUACUGUGCGAGGGGGCGACGACCCCCAGGAGGAGCAGAGUGUAGUCAACGAUCAUCAACUGGCCGUCACGCCGCAGGAAGAUGGCGCCAUGUAUGAAUGUCACGUCUCCAGCGAUCUCCUAGAGUCCCCCCUCACAGCUAACGUCACUCUCACUGUUUACUACGCCCCGAGCACCGUCACCAUCACUGGACCUGCCCAGGUGGAAGCUGGUGGACUCCUGAACCUUACCUGUGAGAGUAGCGACUCGAACCCUCCAGCCUCUCUCACCUGGACCAUCCAAGGAGAGCCAGAGGACCGGAGCAAGUCGGUGGUGGGUCGUGAUGGUUCAGGUGGGUGGGUGACCUCCACCCACCUCACCCACCAGGUGGUGCCCACCCUCACCAAUCUCACCCACGUCACUGUGGAGUGUCGGGCCCUCAACCCCGCCAUCGAGCGAGUGGUGAAGAAAGUCACUACCGUCACUCUCAUAAGACCGGCUGGACGUCCGGUGUUUGAGAGUGAGCUGAGCGAGGCACUGGUCGCCGGCACCAUCCUUGACCUGACCUGCGUUAGUGUGGGAGGUCACCCGCCUCCUUCCGUCAGGGUGUACAAGGGGGAGCAAGAGAUGGCCGCCGAGGUCACCCUUGAGGGUGGAGUGAGCAAGGCCGUGCUGGAGGUGGAGGUCCAACCGGCCGAUAACGGUGUGGAAGUGAAGUGUGAGGUUCACAACCCGGCCACCCUCACACCGCUCCUCACCUCUCACAACCUCUCCGUCCUCUUUCCGCCGUGGGAGGUGACUGGCAGCGUGCGGCCCAGCACAGUCGAGGAAGAUCAGGUUGUGACCCUCACCUGCGACACCUCCUCAAGUCUCCCGCCCUCAAGCAUCACCUGGAGGUCACAGAAGGCCACCCUCCAGGGCGCCGUCGUCACCACCACUCCGGGACUCUACGGCGGCACUCACACUAGGUCGGAGCUGCAGGUGUCGACUACAGCUGAAGAUAAUGGGCGAAGCUUCACUUGUGAGGCCAAUAAUGGUCUGGGAGUGGUCCUCGAUGCCAAGCUGGUCCUCAAUGUGCUCCACUCACCAGUAUGGGUGGUACGACCAGCUGAACACCUGGACGUGUACGAGGGCGCCCAAUUGGUCAUUACCGCCUCCGCCGCCGCCAACCCUGGACCCCUCAGGUACUGGUGGAGGCGCGGAGAGGUGACCCUGGAGGCUACUGAAGGGGAGCUGAGACUUGGCGCCGUCAACAGGGACGUCUCCGGCAACUAUUCCGUCAACGCUUAUAACCCCAGGGGCGCUGUCAACGCCUCUUUCCUCCUGAACGUUAUGUACGGACCUGAGAAUAUUGAGUCGGCAGAGAGAGUGACUGUGGGAGAGGGAGGGGCGGCCACCCUUCAGUGUUCUGCUACUGGUAACCCACCGCCCACUCUCACAUGGACCAGGCACACCCACAACAGCACGGCAGAGACCCUGAGCACGGGCGUGGGCGUGGCACGCCUAGUGCUGGAAGAGACGACGUGGGCGGCCACGGGCGUGUAUCUCUGCCACGCCUCCAACCUCGUGUCGUCACCUCCGCCCGUCAAGACCAAAGUUAUCGUCACCCAGGCUCCGACGGUGGCUACGGAGGAUGGUGGAGCGUUGGGGGCGUCGUGGGCGGCUGUGGGCGGCGAGGGGCGACUGGUGUGUCGGGUGAGGGCCGCUCCGGCACCCACCUUCGUCUGGACCACCCAUAAUGGGCGGAUACUUGACACUAGUGAGAAGUAUGUCAUCCACGACCCCCAGCUGGUGGACGGGCUGGUCGUGUGGGCGGGGGUGCUAGAGGUGCGGGCGGUCACCACGGAGGACUACGCCCACUAUAUCUGUACCGCCCACAACCCCCUGGGCUCCGACGCCGCCCAUAUCGCUCUCCAUCCGCCCGCACGCCCGCACACUCCCUUCAACUUCACCGUGACGAAUAUGACUGAGUCGUCGGUGUCUCUGGCCUGGACGCCGAACUUCAGUGGUGGUCUUCCUCGGGGCUACACCGUGAGGUACCGACCAGCAGGUACCAUCAACUACCAGUUUGUGGAGAUCUCCGGAGGUCAUACAGCCGGGACGACCCUAGGAGGGCUGAGGGCCGGAGCUGAGUACUUCUUCAGUAUCAUGGCUAGGAACGACCAGGGCGUCUCUGAGUACCUCUCUCCGCCUCUCCUAGUCACCCUCCAUGGUGUGUCCAGCAGCAGCAGCAGCAGCAGCAGGUGGCGCGUCCCUCGCCUCAUACUGCUGAUCAUGACACUAACUGGAGCAGCUCUGCUGGUCCUCAACAUCGCUAUCAUCGCCUGCUUCGUCCGUCGGCGGCGCUCCAUCACCAGGCACUCCUCAGUGGUGGGGUCACCGAGCAAGAGGGCGAGGUAUGAGACAGGGGGAGGCUCCUCGCCGCCCACACCCACCCCCAUCCACCACCACCAGCUACUCCUCUCCCUCUCCACCACCAACUCCAGCGAUCUCUCCAACACUCUCACCACCUCCAAGGAGGAUCAGUCGCUGGUGAAAGAGGGCGCCAGGAGAGGGUCGGCGGCGUCCUCCACAGCGGGCAGCCAACCUACUCUCACACAAUUGCAAAAUGGUGGACUUAACAGGAAGAACAGCGGCUCUUCCCCUCGUAAUGGUGGGCUGGUGGCGAGGACCGCCAGUGGGAAUGGUCAGAGUGUCGGGUCUGUGAGGGAGAACGGCAUUGUACCGACGCCACAGACACAUGGUAAUGGGGGUAUACCCUCACAGACGUGUAGCAGCGGUGGUAUAUCCCCUGCUGCUACGUCCCUGAAUGGCAGGAUCCCGGGUCAUAUCCACCCUCAUACCAACCCUGAGGUCUGCUCUCUGGCUUCCAGCACCUAUGAUACCCACCCCGCCAGCCUCCAGCAGCAGCAGCAGGAGCAGCAGCAGAGGAGAGACUCAGGAUCACUACCAGCAGACGAUCAGGUGUCCGUCUGCUCCUAUCAGAGUAGCCACUCCCGGACCUACUCCCAGGGCUACGUCCGCCCACUGCCGCCUCCUGGGUGUCCUCACCACCCUUCCUCACGCCCACAACCACUCUACCAGGGCCGCCCAUACCACCAGCAGCAGAGUGACCAGCAGACACAGCAGCAGCAACAGACGUACACGAGUCUCAACCCGUCUAGCCUGUACACCCUCAGCGCAGACUACUUCGACACCCGCUGUGGCCACGCCUCACUUACUUCUGGGCCGCCUCUGGGGUACGCCACGCUGGGACCUCGCAGCAGACGAGCCACGACAUCGCAGUUCGCCACACUACAGCGCCCUCGGCCCGCUCUCAGCGCAGCGCAGAGCGCAGGGCACCAGUGCCCCGCAGCGCUGAGCUGUCAGGGCGCAGACUGCUGCCACCACCACGACCAAGACGACAGCAGAGGCUGUGGUGGCGCCUGCCACAGCCACCCACCUCGCCGCAGCAGCUUCCACGGACCUCUGCGGCCAGACCCACAGAGAUAUGAUGCUGCGGGACCCGCCUCCAUCUCUCGCCUACACCUGCAGCACCAGCACCAGCGGCAAGACAGUGCUCCGUCCACCUACACCACACCACACCACCAAAACAGCAGCUCAGCAUUCACCACAACGCAACACAGACACAAUGGUUCAUCACUGUACGGUACAACACAGCAACACAGCAAGGUGUCGGGCGAGUACAGUAGGGUACAGCACCCAGACGGCGAGUCGCCGGGUUACAGCAGAACACAGUGCCAGGAAGUAGGGUCUACAGGGUACAGUGUGACACAGCAGGAGAGUAAAGGCCAGGAACACAGCACAACACAGAGACAGGAGCCACCGCCCUCCAAGGACCAACAGUACUCCACCACCUCCCACAGCACCAGCUCCUCCUCCUCCCACAGUAACAUGCCCAGCACCGCCACCACCACGCCAGAGACGCCUCACCAAGCCCCCAGCACCCGCAGCCCUUCACACAGCAGACAUCUCAGUCUGCGGGGCAGCUCCUCCUUCAGGAGCGCCGCCCCCCACGACCUCCCUGGGGCCCCCAAGACCACCUCGGGUCGUCCAAGGUUCCCCCACGACUAUGUGCGUCAGGGAUCAACCAGGGGAAGGCCCGCUUCCUCACGACCCACCAGAGAGGCAACAGAUAAACCCAAUAAGUUAACACCAUCCACCACAGCAUCCUCAACACCUUCAAUUCAAAAUCCUGCUCGAUAAAGUAUAUAUUUAUGUAACAUUAACCUGUAUCAUUAGGGACACAUGUUAACAUUAGUGUGACCACCUGUAUCAUUAGGGACACAUGUUAACAUUAGUGUGACCACCUGUAUCAUUAGGGACACAUGUUAACAUUAGUGUGACCACCUGUAUCAUUAGGGACACAUGUUAACAUUAGUGUGACCACCUGUAUCAUUAAGGACACAUGUUAACACUGUGUGUGACCACCUGUAUCAUUAAGGACACAUGUUAACACUGUGUGUGACCACCUGUAUCAUUAGGGACACAUGUUAACACUGUGUGACAACCUGUAUCAUUAAGGACACAUGUUAACACUGUGUGUGACAACCUGUAUCAUUAAGGACACAUGUUAACACUGUGUGUGACCACCUGUAUCAUUAGGGACACAUGUUAACACUGUGUGACAACCUGUAUCAUUAAGGACACAUGUUAACACUGUGUGUGACCACCUGUAACAUUAGGGACACAUAUUAACAUUAUGUAUGACCACAUGUAACAUUAGGGACACAUGUUAACAUUGUGUAUGACCACCUGUAUCAUUAAGGACACAUAUUAACAUUAUGUAUGACCAUAUGUAACAUUAGGGACACAUGUUAACACUGUGUGACCACCUGUAACAUUAGGGACACAUGUUAACAUUGUGUAUGACCACCUGUAUCAUUAAGGACACAUAUUAACAUUAUGUAUGACCACAUGUAACAUUAGGGACACAUGUUAACACAGUGUGUGACCACCUGUAACAUUAGGGACACAUGUUAACACUGUGUGUGACCACCUGUAACAUUAGGGACACAUUAACACAGUGUGACCACCUGUAUCAUUAAGGACACAUGUUAACACUGUGUGUGACCACCUGUAACAUUAAGGACACAUAUUAACACAGUGUGACCACCUGUAACAUUAAGGACACAUGUUAACAUUGUAAUCAGAAUAAAGAAUUUUGUAUGAUUUG